UCCUGUUGUGCGAUGACGUUCUGAGUGAGCUGAUGUCUACUUGGAGAGACGAGGGACACAGCAUUCAACAGAAGAAGAACUCUCCACAGAUAUACGAAGACAGCGAAACCCUACCUGACAGCGAGUCAUUCCUGGAGGAAUUCCAGUGCGAUUUUGAUCAAUCGCCUAAUUUUUUGACCACAAAUGUAGCACUCCCCACCUUUGAAUCAUCUUCUGUACCAGACACUGCUGAUACCUCUCCAACAUACGGAAGAACUCACUCGGCCCGGUAUUCUUCACUGUUUAACUCUUCUGAGAAAGCCACUAGUGAUGUCGCAUCGCUUCUCCAACGUACCCCACUAGUCCAAUACACACCUGAACUAUUCACCAGCUCUGCAUCAAGACCCUCACAUCGUGCUAGCACAAACACCAGUAAUACUGCUACAUCUCCUGCUGGAGGUGUCAUGUCUCCUGAGCUAUUCAGUAGUCCCAGACCUAUCGUCCCACUGGCAGUAGGGAAGCUGUCGUCGGAGGCUAGCAGAAGAUGCACCCCAGCUGCUGGAGGAAACCUCAAACAGCCUCCAAAGAGAAGAUUGCUCCACCCUCUCCACACUUCUGUACAGCAGGCAUGCACCUAUACCCCACUGAGCAGUGUGAAUGACUCACCCUCUCAAUGCUUCUCGCCAGAAUUAUUUCCCUGAAUUUUUUAUUCACUCCGUGCAAUUUUUUAACACUCAACAGGAAUAAUUUUUGCUAACAUAAUUUACAACAAAAAAGCAACAAGAACGAAACACUGUAACAUGAGCUCAAACUACACUCAACAAAGAUGUGCCAAAUGAUGUAAACCUGUAAGUUUAUAUGACUGUGCACUAUAUAUAAUAAUUACAGGCGAUCAGAAUCUUGACAGCUUGAUUGGAAAGUUCUCUGUAACUAGGCUAUCAUCGUGAAAGAUUAUGACAACGUUGACUUCAAACUCGACUUUGAAAUUGCUCGUUGCCAGCGUUGGGCUGGUGAACAGUCGAGGGAACACCAUAUAGAGAGGAAUCACAAUACCCUUGCAUACGUCUCCGUCGGCGAUCUGAAUGUUUUGGAUUUCCGUCGGGUCUCUUGCGUAACCCUCCGCACAACCGCACGUUUCCACCCGAACCAGUUGAAGCUCUAUUGAUCUGAUUGAGGAGGAAGAGCGCUCUACAGUCAGUUCGCCGCAGAAAGGCUUUGUGAUGCAGCAGUUGACGGUGUCAAUUUUCCCCGAAACUAGAAAAUCAGGGACUCGGCCGCGAUCCUUGACGUUUUCAAGACUCUGUGGGGAAAUGGUGAACUUCACCUCUUUCUCUUCCUGCUUCUCGCCCGGAGCAUACUCCACGAUAAACUCGGACACCUUUUGCAUGUCUUUGUUCAACAACGGGCGCUUCAUGUCCACCUUCAGCGUGUACAGUAUGUUGACAAAGACGCCGUGGUACGUUUCGUAUAGUUUCUUCCCGGCCUUGGGUCUGAGGGGCAGCUCGAACGGGAUCUCGGUGCUCCCGCUUGGUAGUUUUCCGGCUUUGGAUAUCUCCAAGGAGUAGUUGAGGAGGUUGAUCGGCUUGAGGGAGUUGUAGAAGGCCUCGAACACGCCCACGCUCUUGGCGCUCAGCUGCAGGGAUACGGUCCCGUCCAUGGCGAGCGUGAUACCCGUGUGGCUGAGCUCGCUCUUGCUCGUCACAACCAGCGCCCCCUUUAUCACCUCCCCCUCCCGAUACACCUUGUUGGCUCUCUUCAGCCUGAUAUCCAGCGUCGCCAUCCCUCUUGUCUCUUUCUCCCCUCCUCUCACGUCAUGUGAUAAGGGCGGGGCUUGAAAGGCGCGCAUCAAUUGGAGUAAUCUCACCGGCUGCCCGCAAGCUUUUUCCUCACGCUGUAUAGUACAAUCUGUGAUCCGCCUGUUCCCCAUCUCUUGUCUCGAGCUGGAAGGGGGAGUAUUCUCCUGUGAAAACCUCUCUCCGUCGUGCCGGAACAAUGGAACAGACGCAGGAUAAAGGAGCUGGCGGGGGGCUCAAUCCUUUCGGCAGUGAUGACGAAGAGGAUCCGGGGAGAGGAGGUGAGGAACAGAGAGCUACAGGGACAGGAGAGGCUUUACCCUCGCAGCAGGACACUCCUCUAAAAAUAGAGUCACACUGCACGGCUCUGGGUGGAAUUAUGAGCGACCCUGCUCAACUGACAGACCCGUUUCUUCUGGAGGAGUUUCGAGGUCACCUGACGUCGGUCGAGAAGCUGGUGUCUCGAGAGAGACCUCAGUCCAGGGGCGAAGUCGGCGAUAAUCUUGCCGUCAUUCUCUCCCAGAAUAUCAUCGAGAAGGUCUACGUGUUCAGCACGCUGCAGAAGGCCACCGGUCGGGCAAUCCGUGUCAUGCUCCUGCGUUUCUUCACCGAAGUGUUUGCCCACUCGGUUCAGGAUGUCCUGAUCCACCAGCAGUUCCUACGGCCGCUGAAUCGACUCCUGCGGGCCUGCGAGGGGACGCGGGAGGGGGACAUGGCGUCGGCCCUCGUCCCCCUCCUCCACCAGAUAUGCAUACUCAUCCAGAUGAAUCAGUCGCUCCUGGAUCUGUUUUUCAUCGAGGCCAAGGCGCACCACCCGGCCCGGUUUAUCCUUCUCAGUCAACUCAUCCCGUACAUGCACGACGUGACCGAGAUUGGUAAUCGGGCCAGGGACGCCCUCCUGCUGUGUCUGUCUCUGGCAGACCAGCUGUCUCACGCCAGUCUGAGUCAGUUUAUUGCCAUUGAGAGCAACUUUUGUCAGGUGCUGGCCACAGGGCUGAGUGGAUUGUACUCUGACCUUCCAACAUCAGUCAGCUACAGCGUGGACGAGUGGCAGUCUCCCCUGCCAGUGAUAGAGAGCUGUGUUCCUGGUCUCGCUCAGUUCUACCUCGCUCUGGACUUCUGCAACUCCGUACUUCAGAUAUCAUCAAAGGUGAUAUGUGAUGGUAUUUUGACCUUGGUAAGGGACGGUUUUCUACAGCAAGUAAUCGGACCAGCUCUAUUCCAGAAGAGUGAAGAGGCUGCGACAGUCACAAUGGUGUACCUGGCCCUCUUCCUGGGCCACAUCACUAACAUGGCUCUAAUGAGGGAGUUUCUCAAAUUUCUGGUGGUUGGGAAAUACGACGAUAGAUCCAUCGUCAACAUCAUUCUCAACAGUAUCAACAGUACCAAUAUAAAUACCUGUACAGUGGCUUUGGAGCUGGUGUAUGUUCUGAUUGACUUGAACUGUGAAGACGUGUUACUGGAGCUAGUUUUCAAGUACCUCAUGACAGGGAGUCACGUGAUGCACAAUCAGGUGCCGGUGGUGGCUCACCCAGACAUCUACGGAGAAGCUGCGAGGAAGCUUCUUCAGCUCCUCCCGUCGUCUUGUAUCACUGCCGAGAAGAUGCUCCUGGACUCCAUCCGACCUACUUCGACGACAACACAGAGUCAACAGUCUUCCUACCCAGGAACUCCUAAUCGCGUGGGGUCUCCCCCACCCCCUCCCCUCCUCACCUCCUCCCCUCUCCACCAGCCUCACUCGACGGCACACCUAGAGCGGCCGAGACCUCUCCCUCACCUCGCCGUGGCGACCAGAAACUCAAACGGAGUUUCUUCAAAUCCGUUCGACGUCGUCCCUCUCCCUCCUCCGACUCCGCGAAGUCGCAGCGGGAGCAAUGGUAGCUCAACUGGUAGUCUAAUCAGCAUAUCAAGCUUGGCCUCAAUGAGUCAACCCCUCGGUAAUAACUCGUUAACUCAAACCUCCACGUCGCCCGACAUGUUUCAUUUCGAGUACGUUCCCCCUCCCCUGUCAUACAUGCGUAAUUUGCUCGCCGCCCGAGAAGCUAUAGAAGUGUGUUGGACGCGAUGUCGAGGAUGGUGCAACAUGUACGACAAGUGUUCGGAGCAGCCCAGGGGGGACGCUGCUGCAGAAGAAGAGAGAGGAAGAACAGAAGCUGGGAAAUCCCGCGAAAUGGAAGACAUAACCGGGAAGGAGAACGCGGCAAGGCAAGAGGAAGAGGAGGGGAAAAGCCUCGCAAGGCUAAGUUCUUUCAGAACUCGAUCGGUGACAGUCUCGACGUCGUACCGGCUCCCUCUGGCACGGAACCGGGACAGUGGACCUAGCCAUAAUCCUAGGAACAACGGUGCUGGUGAUCGUUUGACACCACACGAGAGAGACGUGCUUGACGGCGCGGAUAAGAGUGUCCAACAGGCUGUUAGAAGAUCUCCAAGAUUCUCCCGGAGAGCUGAGGACAGCAGAUUCGAGGAAAAGACGGGUCUCCUACUGAAGGUGCUGAUGGACAAACUCUCGGAGAUGCUGUCGCUCCACCGGCAGUCAAUGUACAGUUGACUCGGGUGAUCAGCCGUCUAGCACACUAUCCUCAGCCACUAUUGAGGUCUCUGCUGCUGAAUCAUCAGCUGGUGCUCAGACCUGGUGUCCCCAAUCUAUACUACGUUCUCCAAGGUGUCAAGGUGACCGUAGACCGCCACGCGAGGUCACAGGAAGACUUUGAAAAGAGACUCGGAAGAGCCCGCAAGACAAUGAUCUACAGAGCCCACAUCAGAAACGCUCAGUUGGAGGAGUCUGUGGCCAGCCAGAUUGUCGCAAGAUUCACAACGAGACGGUUGUCUGUGUCCCAGCUCGGAGACAGACAGACAGGAUCCAAUCACAACCAGCACAACACCUCUUCUCUGGAUUCCACAGAAGAUCCUCUGCCAACUACUACAACAAGGUCGCACUCGGAGAUUCAGCGGACGCGCUCCCUCCACAGGGCUCGAAGGACCAAGCCCAAGAAGGUGUCCACCAACACGCUCUUUGCAAUUGUGAUUUUCGACGAGUUCCUGAAAGAACUGGCGUCGCUGGCACACGAACAUGCAAGCCUCAAUCUGACUAGUCUAGCACAGAGGACAGCAACCUCUUUGUGAUGACCCCUUGUGUACAUUAGGCGUGUGCAAUUUUCUGUCCAG